ACAAAAUUCUAAAAAGAUUUAGAAGUAACCUUUAAAAGCAAUCUAAAUAUAAAUAGUUUUAACACAUAUAUGAGUUAUGAUACAACCACUUUGGCAUUGUUUAUGUAUGUUGGUGAUGUAGGUUUUUGAUGCUGCUGUUGGUGAUAUUCAAGUAAUGGACCAAAGAUAUGCAUAUGCUGAAUUCUCUCAUCCAUAUAUUCCAUCCGGUAUUGCCAUGGUGGCAAAAGUAAAGCCAGAUAGAUCAAAAGAAACAUGGAUGUUCAUGGAAGUUUUCACUAAAGAAAUGUGGUUGUUAAUGGCUGCAAUGCACAUGUUUGUAUCAUUUGUUAUAUGGUUGAUUGAACGUGAACACAAUUCAGAGCUUAAAGGGUUUGGAACCAUGCUAUGGUUUUCUGUCGCCACAUUAUUCUUUGUACAUAGAGAACCUGUGAAAAGCAACUUGGCCAGAGCAGUGCUAGCACCAUGGUUGUUUGCAAUUCUGAUAGUGACAGCAUGUUUCACAGCAAGCCUGUCAUCAAUGAUGACAGUGUCUCAACUUGAACCAUCUGUGCCUGAUAUACAAACAUUGCUAAGGACCAAUGCAAUAGUAGGUUGCAAUAAGAACACAUUCUUGGUUCAUUACUUGGUUAAGGAACUGAAAUUCAAGCCUGAGAAUGUUAAGGGCUUUGAAUCAAUUAGUGAUUUUCCAAGGGCUUUUGAGAAAAAAGAAAUUGUAGCAGCUUUUACUAUUGCACCUCAUGCUCAAGUCUUUCUUGCUACACAUUGUAAGGGAUAUAUCAAAGCAGGACCUACCUUAAAGCUUGGUGGAUUAGGCUUUGAACUUCAGCCACUAUGA